CGAUGUGUUCUGCGCUCCUCUUUUCUUCCAGCUCAACACGAUCAAUUACAGAAUAAUCGAUCAGAAGUUGAAAGUCCGCUUCGGUUUGUCUUAUUUUCUGCAUUUUUGCGCUGUUUUCUCGGUCUCUGCAGGAAGCUGCCGCGGUAUGAAAACCCACCUGCCUUUCUCCUCUCGCCGGUCUCCCGUGCUGUGUUUGCACGGCUGCGUGGCGUCCAGUCAGCCGCUGGCCUCAGCCGUGGGUCUGGAUGUGCUGAAGUGUGGCGGGAAUGCUGCAGAUGCGGCCGUUGCCAUGGCAGCGGCUCUGGCGGUAACGGAGCCAUGCAGCACUGGACUCGGAGGCGACGCCUUCUGCUUGUUCUACGAUGGGAAGACUGGAGAAAUCCGAGGGAUUAAUGGCAGCGGUCGUUCAUCUCGAACUUUGACCCUGGACUUUCUGGAAGGACUCGGCUACUCAGCAGAAGCUCCUCCUUCGGUGUUUGAUGCUUUAAAUGUGACUGUCCCUGGAGCUCCUGCUCUCUGGUGCGACACUGUCCAGUUGUUUGGAAGCCAAAAGCUGUCCUUGCAGGAGGUUUUGAGCGGAGCAGCGACCCUGGCAGAGGAGGGCUUUCCGGUUGCCGAGGUAACGGCGCACCGCUGGAAAAAUUGGGCGGCGGCUUUGGGCGAGUCGGGGAAGGAGCUGGGGGCGGACCUGCUGAUCGGCGGCCAUCCACCCAAACACGGAGAAGUGUUUAAAAACACUGCAAUGGCUCAAACYAUUAAGGAGCUCGGUGAACGAGGCAAACCGGGUUUCUACCAGGGCCGAGUGGCUCAAGCUAUUGUUGAUGUCAUCAACCAGAACGGAGGGGUCAUGACCCUGGAGGACCUCAGCAGCCACGACAGCGAGGUCGUCAGCCCCAUUAGCACAGAUUACAAGGGCGUGCGUCUGUGGGAGCUUCCUCCCAACGGUCAGGGCCUGGCCGCUCUGCUGCUCCUCAACAUCCUGGAGAACUUUCCUCAGCUCAAAGCUGGAGGCCACAACAGCUCAGACCACAUCCACGUGUUCGUGGAGGCCGUGCGUUUGGCGCUAACGGAUGCCUUACGUUACCUUGGCGACGCCGCCCAUGUGACCGUCCCUACGGAAAGCUUACUGGCGAAAAGCUACAGCCAGCAGCGGGCGCGGCACAUCAGCAUGGACAGGGUGAUGGAGCGAGUGGAACCAGGCCUGCUGACAGGAAGUGACACGGUCUACUUCUGUGUGAUCGACAGCCAGGGAAACGCUUGUUCGUUUGUCAACAGCACCUACAUGGGGUUUGGGACCGGCCUGGUCCCCCAGGACUGCGGCUUCUCGCUGCAGAACCGAGGUGCCAACUUUUCCCUGCAGCGCGGCCAUGCUAACUGUGUUGCUGGAGGGAAGCGGCCGUAUCACACCAUAAUACCUGCUCUCCUCACCGACUCGGAAAAACCCCAACUACUCGCUGCCUUGGGGGUCGUGGGCGCCUUUAUGCAACCUCAAGGACACAUCCAGGUCCUGCUGAACAUGGUCGAGUUUGGGAUGAACCCUCAGCAGGCUUUGGAUGCACCGAGAGUCUUUGUGGAGUACGAUGACAAAACUGGUCAGUGGCUAGUUAAUUUGGAGGAAGGGAUCGACCAGGAAGUGGCUGAGGAGCUGAAAAGAAGAGGCCACAGAAUCAACUGGCCUGUUACAGGCCACCAGAGGGCUCAGUUUGGGCGUGGACAGAUAAUCACUGUGGGUGAUUGGUGGAGUCACUCCGUCCCUCAAACCGGCUCUCCACCCAGGGUGCUGUGGGCAGGAUCCGACCCCAGAGCAGAUGGAUGUGCUCAGGGAUACUAAUAACAGAAAGACCAGAAUAUUCAGAACCAUUUCACUGCUAAUUAAUACUAACAAAAUGUGUUUUUCAUGAUG